AUGUUGAAAAAGACGCUACAUGCUUCGCAAGAUGGGCGGGCCACUGUUGUAGGUGAGAAGUUGGGAGGUUAGGAUGAAAAGGGGAAUUUAAUUUAUAUCUGUAUCCAACGAUUAAUUACUGCUAACAAAAUACGAUUCUGAGCAGAGUUCGGUUAUGCACGUUUUGAAAGGCCAUACCUGGGUAAUAUUUACAAUUCCCGUCAAAACUUGAUUUUGAAACUUAUAAAAAAAAUUUGACUUGUGUCAAAUGUCAAUAUCGGUUUCUAAUGAUCGUAUAAACAAUUUCGAUUUUUUCAAAAACAAAGAACAACAAUUUUAAAAUUUUAAAUAUAUUUAUUAAUUAUGAAAAUUUGAAAAAUAUUGUAUUUAAUAUAAUUUAUCUUUCAUUCCUUUCAUUCAUUGAAAUUACCUAUAAAGACCUUUUCAUACUUUCUUGCUAUUAUUUGAGUGAACUAAAUUUAGUCAGUCAAAAGUCACUAAAGUGUCAAAGUUUCCUAGUGUUGUAAUAUAAAUUAUAAUAUGAUAUCAUUUUUUUUUUUCUGGGAUUCCUGAUAAGCAUUUGCAAUGUCAUCCGUAAAUUGGAACUUAUUAUCAAAUUACGAUUUUAUUACCUACCUAUUUAAAAUGUGUACAACUAAUGUUUUCUACCAUAAAUAUUGCUCAAAUAGAAAAAUUACCCAAGGCCUUUUUUGUUGAAUUUUUAAUCUAGUUUAUGAGUAAGCUAUAUGUUUUUUGAUUUUCUCUGUAAUUUUAUUAAUGAUUAGGAAAAAUCGAAAAAAUACGUUAAAUAAAAACUGAUAGAUUUACGGCUUUACGAUUUUAUUAUUUUUAAUUUUUACACAUUCCGUUGUCUACCAGAAAUAUUUCCUCCCGCGGUACCAUAAAGGAUAUUAUGAUGCUAAAGACGUUAAUUUUUUAAAAGUAGCUAUAGAAUAUUACUUAUUUCCCAAAUCAAGCACUGACCAACAUGUUUAUAGAGCAUUUUUUUAACAUCAUGUUUCCGUCCUUAAUUUCAAACUGAUACACUAGGCACAAGAAUCAUAAAAUAUUAAUAAUCUAAGUACUCUAAGUUAAAGUCUUCUUGAAAAAUGUAAAAUCUUUAAUGCGUUAAUAUAGGAGAACGGGGGAAGUCGUAUUUUCUCAUACAUGUACGUUGGAUAUAUUGUAUAUAGAACGGCGUUUUUAAUAACUUAUGUGGGCAAUUCGACAGUACCUACUAUAACGCGCUAUUCUAUACUAUACUAUAAUCUAUACGGUUUUAAUGAACUGUUAUGAAAUAUUUCCCUUGAUACAGGACCGUCCUUAGGGGGGCGGGGGGGUGGGCGAGCAGGGCCCAGGCCCUGGGCCUCGCGUUUGUAAAAAAAAGUAGUAAUUUUUUUAAAUUUAAAUUGUAUUUUAUUUUAUGUAAAUCGUAUAAAUUAUAUAAAAAUAACGUGGUUGAUUCAAAGUAAAAGGAUUGAGGUAUCGAUAAUACAAUAUUAUCGUAAUUGGUAAUCGCAACACAUCAGCCGCGGUGUAUAUGCGGGUUUUUCCCGACCGUCUUUUUCGUCGAAUUGUUAUUAGUCGAUAUUUAUUAGUAAUAGAUAAGAUAAUAAUAGAAAUUUAAAACGUCAUAUUUAUUUAUAACUUUAAAUGUCACCGUUGGAAAAAACAUUGACAAUAAUAAACAGUAUUUACUAAGCAAAUAGUAGGUAGACCGAAUUCGUUAGUAGUUUUUACUUUUCCGUGUGUGCGUUUGCUGUUGACGUCGCCACGUCGGUUGUAUCUAAUAUUCCAAUGCAUUAAUAGAUAUUAAAACGAGUGGUCGAUUACGGGAUGGAUAUCGACUCAAAUUAAAAGUGGUAGCGAAAAACGAAAACGUAAAUGUGCUGUUGGACAUCAAAAUGAACGUCAAAAUAACUCUUUAUUCAAAUUUUUCAAAAAACAUCAUAAUGAUGACACUAUAGCCGACAGUGGUGAAAUUGAAAGCGAAAAUGCGAAUCUCCAAUUGAGCGAUAGUGCCGAUGUUAAUUCUGAAAAUGUAGAAGUUCAAUCACUUCAAUCCAAUAGUGAUAGUGAUGAAUAUGAAAGUGUGCAACUGGUAUCAGACGGUUUACGACCGAAAGAAGACAUCGAGAGCAGAAAAAUACACGAAGAAGAAAACAACGUCGACGAUCCAGGUAACUGGCCACAAAAUAUUAAUGAUAACUUACGGAUUUAUUUAGUUAAAAACCCGCCUUCAGAAAUUAAAAACUAUAAGUUUCCAUCUAACGAUGAAGGUCGUAAAUUUAGUGUAAUACAUUAUAAUAGAAUAAUGGCCAACGGUGAAAAUGUGAUUAGAAAUUGGCUUUUGUAUUCUAAAUCUUUUAAUCGAGUAUUUUGUCCCAAUUGUCGUUUGUUCCCNUUUAAAAGAACGUGAAUUAUCUAUUCCACAUAAUACGGCUCAAGAAAAAUGGAUACAAUUACGUAUGGGACUUGGUCUUCAUAAAACUGUAGAUAAUAACGUACAGGAUAAUUUAAAUAUUGAAAAAGAACGUUGGCGUAGUAUUCUUAAACGAAUUAUUGCGUGUAUAGAGUUUUUGGCAGAACAUAAUGACGAUUUUCGUGGUACAAGUUCUAAAUUAUAUACAGCGAAUAAUGGUAAAUUUUUAGGACUAAUACAAAUGAUCGCAAAAUUUGAUAUUAUGGCCGAUCAUUUGAGACGCGUAUGUAAUGAUGAAAUACAUAUGAUCAUUAUUUAG